AAGAAGCUCGCUGACUCCUGCAUUACAUACUUCAAACUCUUGUCUUUAAAAUUCAAAAAUCCAAUUAUACUUUUCCUCACCGAUUGAAUCCAAUCCCCACCGUUGAAAUCCCAAAAUUUCGAUUCCACGGUGGCCUACCUUCAAUCUCUCUGCUAAUUGAAUCAACUCAAAAGCACUUGUUGUUGUAGAGAGAGAGAGAAAGAGUUUCAGUUGUGUAUUUGGGGCAAAGAAUUUCAGAAUAUCAUCAAAGAAGUCUCUGAUCGGAAGGGCUUUGAGUGUUUGUUAUCACUAUGAAUGCGGUGGGAAGACAUGGGCAAAGAUCCGGUUCAUCCGGAGCUCAUCAUCAGCGUCAGUACUCUGAUAACUUCUUGGAGGUGACUUCUUCCUCAUCUAAUGGCCGAUGGCUUCAAUCUGCUGGUCUACAACACCUCCAACAGCCAUCCUCGAACACUUCUUCUCAGGACUUUGGUUACUAUGGUGGUGGUGGAGGAGGCCAAGGUUCAAGAAUGUAUAACAAUAACAGGAAUAUUGGUACACAGAGGUCACUAAGCGGAGGGUCUGAUUUGUUUGCAGAGCCGUUGACGCCGCCGGGACGUCAGAAAAAACACGGUGGUGCUGUUGAUGACCCCAAUGGCUUCAGUCCUGGCCUUUUAGAUCUACAUUCCUUCGAUACCGAGCUUAUCUCCGAGGUUCCUGUAGCUCCAAUGUACAACUCUACUCGUGAUAGAAGCUUUGAUGAUGCAGAGCCAUAUUUUGGGAAUAGCAAACAGCCCAGUAAAGCUCGAGGUUUACCUGAUAACAACCUUUUGAAGAAUUUUGCUCCAGAAAAGGAGAAGGCCAGCACUGUUGCAAAGAUCAAAGUUGUGGUGCGCAAGAGACCCUUGAACAAAAAGGAGUUAGCAAAAAAUGAGGAAGAUAUCGUUACCACAGAUACCCAUUCAAAUUGCCUUACAGUUCAUGAAACAAAACUCAAGGUUGAUCUGACAGAAUACAUGGAGAAGCAUGAAUUUGUUUUUGAUGCAGUUUUAAAUGAAGAAGUUUCUAAUGAUGAGGUCUAUCAUGAAACCGUUGAGCCCAUUGUUCCAAUAAUUUUCCAACGUACUAAAGCUACAUGCUUUGCAUAUGGACAAACAGGAAGUGGGAAGACUUUUACAAUGAAACCAUUACCUCUUAAAGCAUCUAGGGAUAUUUUGAGGCUUGUGAACCAUACCUAUCGCAGCCAAGGUUUUCAUUUGUAUUUCAGCUUCUUUGAAAUAUACGGUGGGAAACUCUAUGAUCUCCUCAAUGAUAGGAAAAAAUUGUGCAUGAGAGAGGAUGGAAAACAGCAAGUAUGCAUUGUGGGAUUGCAAGAAUAUAGAGUUUCAGAUGUGGAAACAAUCAAGGAGCUGAUUGAGAGAGGGAAUGCAACAAGAAGCACUGGCACAACUGGUGCGAAUGAGGAAUCUUCAAGAUCACAUGCGAUUCUUCAACUUGUUAUCAAGAGAUCUGUUGAUGGAAGUGAAUCUAAACCUCCACGAGUUGUUGGCAAACUCUCCUUCAUAGAUCUUGCUGGAAGUGAACGUGGUGCAGAUACUACAGAUAAUGAUAAGCAGACGAGAAUGGAAGGUGCUGAGAUUAAUAAAAGCUUGCUUGCAUUGAAGGAAUGCAUAAGAGCUCUUGACAAUGAUCAGGGUCAUAUCCCUUUUCGAGGCAGUAAAUUAACUGAAGUUUUAAGAGAUUCAUUUGUUGGAAACUCUCGAACUGUUAUGAUAUCUUGCAUUUCACCAAAUGCUGGAUCAUGUGAACAUACACUCAAUACCCUACGAUAUGCUGACAGGGUGAAAAGCCUGUCGAAAGGGAACAAAAAGGAGACAAUAGCUUCAAGUAUAAACGUGAAAGAAUCGACAACAGUGUCAAUGACAUCUUUACCCCCGGUUUCAUCGUAUGAAGAUGAUGAAGAUGAUUAUGAUACUACUGAAGAGUUGUAUGAAGCAGCAGACCAAGUACAACAGGCUUCAUGGAAGAAUAAUAACACAAAAGCUGAAGCUUGUAGCAGCAGCUUCGAUAAGAACAGGAGAGUGAAUGGUAUUGGUCAGACAAAAUUAAAGGAGCCACAGCCACCCCCACCCAAAUCUGAAUCAAGAAACUGGAGCCCUGAUGAUGAGCUGAAUGCCCUUUUAAAGGAAGAGGAAGAUCUAGUUAAUGCUCAUCGGAAACAAGUGGAGGAUACCAUGGAUAUUGUUAGAGUGGAAAUGAACCUAUUGGUAGAGGCGGAUGAACCAGGAAACCAAUUAGAUGGGUAUGUGACAAAAUUGAACACAAUUUUAGCUCAGAAGGCUUCAUCCAUUUUACAAUUACAAAACCGUUUGGCUCAUUUUCAAAGGCGGCUGAGGGAGCAUGAUGUUCUAGUCUCUUCUGGUCAGUAAGUAAUAAUAUAAGGUAUGAUGAUGUUUGUAUUCAGGCUAUUAUUUGUGGUUUAGCUGAUUUAUAUGGGUGUAUUUGGGUUGCAAGUUGUUCUUCACAAUCACAAUGAUUGUUGUUACCAUUGGUUAUGGUGAAAUCUUGUUAUUCCUUAUUGUUUCAUGUCUUGUAAAGCUGUGAUGCUUUCUUUGUAAACUCAUGAUAUGAAUGAUUCAUUUUCAUUUUUUUUUUUGAAA